UGCACAUGACAGUGACAUGGCCGGAUGGAAAGUACGCCCUUCCAGAGGCGGUGACACUAGCAGGGGAUACGUGCCCCAAAACAGCAUUUACGUGGGACUUCGGCAUGCUAUACCAGUUCACAGACAAACCCGCGGCCAAUACAUGCUCCAAGGGGAAUCAUUUGACCAACUAUUGUGGCAAUGAGUCCGUGAGGAGCUACUACUGCGUCAAGUCCACACCAAAAGCUUCAUCAAGCUCGUGGUCUUGGAUGCCUGGUGUGUACUGCAUCUACAAAGUUGGCACAACCUGUCCAGACGGGUUCACGGGUGGUAACAUCAGAUGGAACGAUGUAAGUAGAGGGGUUGACCCGGACUAUAACACGAUGCCCGCGGGGACCUAUACCGGUGGACCAACAGAGAUCGAGUACUGUUGCCGUGAAGACGGCAGUGCCGCCAACCCAAUCAUCCUACCAGCGGAAAGCAGCUUUUACCUCAUGAAAUUCCAUGGGGCAUGUCAGACGGUACUUGGCAUGACUGUAACGGAGGAAUCUCUCGAGUGGGCUACCAAGGAAGCCAAUCCCAUCACGUGGCAGGAUGGCGCACAUCCUAAACCCGGCAAUACGGGCCAUAAUGUCAAGAUCUACUACUGCUUCUACCAGCCAGAAACGGCUGCGAAGAGAGACCUUGGUCCCCUGGCGAAGGAUGCAGGUAAAGUGAAGAAAGAACUGGAAGAAGUCAGAGAGCUCGUCAACUUGCUAGAAAAUCAGCUCGAUCAUGGUAAGAGAGUUGCACUUGAGAACAAGGAGACCGAGGCGGAGGAUAGGAGUGUUGAGUCUGAGGAGGAGGAGUUAAGGGAAGACGACAAGGAGACCGAGGACGAGGAUAGGGGUGUUGAGUUUGAGGAGGAGGAGUUAAGGGAAGACGACAUGGCGGGUGAAGACGAAGACAAGAAGUUCGAGGAAAUGGUUCGGGCUAUGGAUCUUGUGCUGCUCCUGCGUGAAAUGCGUAAAGUAUAGAGGAGGGAAAAGGAAGAGGAUACUAGGGGUAAAGACAAAGACAAGAAGUUCAAGGAAAUAGUUCGGGCUAUGGAUCUUGAGCUGAUCCUGCGUGAAAUAGAGAAGGACUUACUUAAGUUAGGGUAAUAAAGUCCAAAGCUCUUUGGAAGCGCAUAGAGAUGUUAUUUCAUAACGUAUUAUGCGCUAUACA